UCGAAACCCUUCUUCAGACGGAUACUGAGUUGGAUGAUCAGCCAUGAUCGUAUUGAAUGGCGGUGCAGGCUCGAAGGGCCGAAUGGCCUACUCCUGCACCUAUUUUCUAUGUUUCUAAACAUACCUCCAUCGUGUGCGAAAGUGAGAGCCCGAAUGAUAUGACGAGGGAUGGUUUAAAAACCUCAAUAGAUCACUAAAUACAAACGCUGAAACCUGAUCCAAAAGAAAUAUAAAUAUUAGGAAAGGGAUAAAAGACAAGAGAAACAGGAAAAUAGAAAUUUGGAGACAAAUGAAUGAGCUUCUCCCAAUGAUGCAUAACACAAUGUUUUCACACAGAUGUACGGGGGAACAUGUACAAGACAGUUUGUUUAUCAUGUUUCUCAGCCAAAAGUGAUUAAAUGUAAGUGACUGUUAUUUUUCUGUUUAAUUACUAAGUCCCUUCUUUAUCAAGCUGAGUGGAUUUGGUAGUGACGUACUUCAUACAUGCUCACUGUAUUUUACUCAUGUAUAAGUCACGGCAUGCUGUGUGCAGCUGUUUGGUCCACCCAAUCCUGUUUACAUUAUCUUUCUCUGUAGUUAAAUAGUUUUAAUAAUGCAUCUCAACCCAUCCUGCGUAACAUGUACAGAGGGAUCUUGGGAUCCAAGUACUGAAAGAGGCAACACAAUUGAAAAGGGCACAAUUUAGGGCGGCCUCAGAAGCGCAGCGGAAGAGUUGCUGCCUUACAGCGCUUGCAGUGCCAGAGUCCCGGGUUCAAUCCCGUCUACGGGUGCUGUCUGUGCAGAGAUUGUACACUCUCCCCGUGACUGCGUGGAUUUUCUCCGAGAUCCUCCAACACUCUAAAGACGUACAGACCCGCAAGGAGACGGCUACAUGGCGCACACUGAAACCCCGACACCCACACCGCUCGCCAGCUCAGUCCAGUACUGUGUCUGUAAGGUGGAGCUCUCCGUAUCUGGCCAGAAUCUCUUGGACAGAGAUGUCACAUCGAAAUCGGACCCAUUCUGUGUGGUGUUCUUGGAAAUCAAUGGAAAAUGGUCGGAGAUUGGAAGGACAGAGACAGCCGUGAACAAUCUAAACCCAGUAUUUGCAAAGAAGUUUGUGGUGGACUAUCAUUUUGAAGAAGUGCAGAAACUGAAAUUUGCCUUAUUUGACCAAGACAAAUCCAGUAAACAGCUUUAUGAGCAUGACUUUCUUGGGGAAUUUUCAUGUACUCUCGGAGUGAUCGUUUCAUGCAAGAAGAUGACACGACCACUUUUCCUGACGAAUGGGAAACCUGCCGGAAAAGGAACAAUAAUGAUAUGUGCUCAAGAAAUCUCAGAUAACAGAGUAAUCACUCUUAGUAUGGCUGGAAGAAAACUGGACAAAAAGGAUCUCUUUGGGAAAUCUGACCCUUAUUUAGAAUUCUAUAAGGAAGAAGAAGAUGCAAAGUGGAUGCUUGUACAUCGAACAGAGGUUAUAAAAAAUACUCUUGACCCCAUCUGGAAACCAUUCAGCAUGCCACUUGUGUCCCUGUGUGAUGCCCAUGUGGACAAGACCAUAAAGGUUCUGUGCUACGAUUAUGAUAACGAUGGUGGACAUGACUUUAUUGGAGAGUGCGAGACCACGGUGACCAAGAUGUCUGAAGCAAACGACGUGGUCGAGAUAGAAUUUGAAUGUAUUAAUUCCAAGAAACAAAAGAAGAAAAAGACUUAUAAGAAUUCUGGAAUAAUUGUCGUUAAAUCCUGCAAGAUAACCAGAAAUUAUUCAUUCUUGGAUUAUAUCCUUGGCGGUUGCCAGCUGAUGUUCACUGUUGGAAUUGACUUCACAGCUUCCAAUGGGAACCCUCGUGAUGCCAUCUCCCUGCAUUACAUCAACUCCAUGGAAUCAAAUGAAUACCUUGCUGCCAUUUGGGCUGUGGGACAGAUCAUCCAGGAUUACGACUCAGACAAGAUGUUUCCUGCCCUAGGCUUUGGUGCACAGUUACCUCCUGACUGGAAGGUGUCCCAUGAAUUUGCCAUUAACUUCAAUCCUACAAACCCAUUUUGUUCAGGUGUAGAAGGGAUCGUUGAAGCAUAUACGGCCUGUCUGCCCCUCAUUCGAUUUUAUGGGCCCACCAACUUCUCGCCAAUAAUAAAUCACGUGGCUAAAUUUGCCAGCCAAGCCAUCCAGCAGGAAGCAGCAGCGCAAUACUUCAUCCUGCUGAUUAUAACAGACGGCGUCAUCAGCGACAUGGAUGAGACCAGGCAUGCCGUGGUGCAGGCCGCCAAUCUCCCCAUGUCCAUCAUCAUUGUCGGGGUUGGGAAUGCCGACUUCGCUGCCAUGGAGUUCCUGGAUGGUGACAAUCGCAUUCUAAGAUCUUACACUGGGGAAGAAGCCACGCGAGACAUCGUACAGUUUGUACCAUUCCGGGAUUUCCGCAAUGCUCCUAAAGAAACUCUGGCUAAAUCUGUCCUAGCAGAACUACCCCAGCAAGUUGUUCAGUACUUCAAGCAAAGAAACCUUCCACCUGUCAACUCUGAUCCAGCCUAACACCUAACCUUUUCCCUUUGAACCUGCAUGGCACCUGAAAAUGUUUACAAAACCUUUGCAUGUUUUACGGCAGAUAGCAUAUUUGUAACGUUUUGUUCCCAUUGCUUUAAAAUAUAUUUCAGAUGACUCGAGUCUUAAAUUUGUUUGUAAGAACAAUCUGGUGCUUUGUAAAAGUAUGACGAUCAACACUAAGUAAAAGUGGGCAACUUAUUUUCUAAGUCACCACUGUUAAAGAGUAUUGAAUGUAUCUUUGUAUUAUUGGGUGUUACAUAUCAGAUUUUCUUUUAAAUGUAAAAACACUUUGAAAAUAAUGUUACAAACUUUCAGAAGUAUAGGAAGUGAUGAAUUCUCUCGUUGUGUCUACAUUAUCUGUGUGAUUAAAUAAACGGUACUUUUGUCA